UCGUGUUGAGAUACAAGAUGGCUCCGGUGUUGGAGAAGAAGCUGCUGGGUGCAGCGGGGACAGACGGCCUGAGCAUGGACACCAGCGCCGAGGAGGACGAGGGACAGAACCUGUGGUCCUCGAUCCUCAGCGAAGUCUCAACGCGCUCCAGUACCAAACUGCCAUCCGGACGGAACAUCCUGCUGUUCGGUGAUGACGGGUCGGGGAAGACCACACUGAUGACCAAACUGCAGGGGGUGGAGCACAAUAAGAAGGGCCGAGGACUCGAGUACCUGUACCUGAACGUCCACGAUGAGGACCGUGACGACGUGGCGCGCUGUAACGUGUGGAUCCUGGACGGAGACGUUUAUCACAAAGGCCUGCUGAAGUUCGCCGUGUCCUCUGAGACUCUGAAGGACAGCGUGGCUGUGUUUGUGGUGGACAUGUCCAGACCCUGGUCCAUCAUGGAGGCGCUGCAGAAGUGGACGAGUGUCCUGAGGGAACAUGUGGACAAGCUGAAGAUCCCCCCUGAGGACAUGAGGGACAUGGAGCAGACAAUGGUGAGGGCGUUUCAGGAGUACGCAGAGCCCGAGGACACGACUCCUUCCUCCCCUCAGAGACGGAGCGCUCCUGCAUUGGGUGACGAUGAGUCGGUGGUGCUGCCGCUGGGGGAAAACGUCCUCACACACAACCUGGGAAUCCCCGUGCUCGUCGUCUGUGCUAAGUGUGAUGCCGUCACUGUGCUGGAGAAAGAUCACGACUACAAAGAGGAGCAUUUUGACUUUAUUCAGUCGCACCUCAGGAGAUUCUGCCUGCAGUAUGGAGCUGCUCUGAUCUACACUUCUGUAAAAGAGGAGAAGAACCUGGACCUUCUGUACAAGUACAUUGUGCACAAACUCUACGACUUCCAGUUCACCACACCGGCCUUAGUGGUGGAGAAGGACGCAGUGUUCAUUCCGUCCGGCUGGGACAACGAGAAGAAAAUCUCCAUCUUACACGAAAACUUCACCACCGUCCGACCUGAAGAUCCGUUUGAGGAUUUCAUCAUCAAGCCGCCAGUGCGCAAGUUGGUUCAUGAUAAAGAGAUAAACGCUGAAGAUGAGCAGGUCUUCCUCAUGAAGCAGCAGUCCUUGUUAGCCAAGCAGCCGGCCACUCCGUCACGAGCAACAGAAUCUCCUGCACGGACGGCGUCCGGUUCCCCUCGGCCCACUGUACGCACCGGACCCACCAAUGUAGCGAGUGUGUCUCCCAUGACGACGGUCAAGAAACCCGACCCCAACAUGAAAGGUGCUGCUGCAAACGAGGGUGUUCUGGCGAACUUCUUUAACAGUCUGUUGAGUAAAAAGACCGGAGCUCCUGGGAGUCCAGGGGCCGCAGCAACAGCAGUGCAGGGAUCAGCCAAGAAAACAGGGCAGAAGCCGGCUCUGAGUGAUGUGCAGGCUGAACUGGAUCGCAUGACGCACAAAUCUGACUCCACCGUCGCGGCCAAUCACAGCACAGCGCCAGAGAACGAGGCGUAAACACACCACGAGACACACACACACACACACACAUGCACACAAACAUAUACAGCCUUUCUGGGAAACCUUAAUGAAACAUAUUCUGAAUAUAAUGACCAAAUUCCCUGUGUGUGUGUGUGUGUGUGUGUGUGUGUGUGUGCGCGCGUGCGUGUGUGUGUGUGUAAAAUCUGAGAUGAUCAGAUUUAUUUGAAUAUAAAUUCCAAACUUUGUUAAUUUUUCAGUAAGGGGUUAAACAAUGCACGUCCAUUAGGAGUGUGACUGUGUGUGUGUGUGUGUGUGUGUGUGUGUGUGUUGAACUCCACACACUUGUGUUCCUGCAAACAUGCUGCUGUUUCUCGUUCUGCUUUACAUGAUGACGGAAAACAGGAAAGAAACAAAAGAAGAAGAAAAGGUUGAGUGUGUUGAGUGAAGGAGAGAGAGAGAGUGUGUGUGUGUAUGUAUGAGAGAGGGUGUGUGUGAACAUGAACGUAGCGACCAUGCUAAACCGGUGUAUUUAUAUAUAAAGGACAGGGGACAUUAAGAGCUUUCUCUCUCGUGUAACACCGCUGACGUCAUGACACUAAUCCGAUGCCUUUAUUGCGUAACUGAUUCUGUAAAUAUGCACAAAAUAGUAUUUGCUAAAGUCUCAUUAAGUCUUUUGUUUUUGUAUAAAGUUCAGAUUUAUGAAGUCAGAUUUAGAUGAAAGUAUUGGCAUGACAUGGAGCUUAUUUUGGUUUUGUUUCUUAUUUGUUUUCCUCGACUCCCAAAGUGCCUGUCGUAGCGGAGAUGCACUGUAGCACUGUCGGUCGAAACACCCCCCCCCCUAUAAUUUAAUUUAUUAUUAUUUUUUUUAAAUAAAGAUUUCAGCUCCAUCCGUCUUUCAAACCGCAUCCACAUGUUUUAUAAACAUUUAUUCAUGUACUCUAUACGUUUCUCUACUGCUGUCUGUGUGCGGGUUCACUUCCCCUAAAUCACACGAGUGUGUGUGCACGUGUGUGUGUGCGUGUAACCUGAAGCUGUGUUCCCCGCACCUUAACACUUCAUCAGUGUGACGCUCCUUCAUGCUGUAACUACUAGAGCUGUGUGAUUUAAUACUUAUUUCAAUUCAAUCGAUAUUUAGAUAAUUAUUUAGAAAAACUUACCAAUAUUAAAAAAUGUAACAGAGCUUCAGUAGGAACUACAAACCGCUUCUGUCUUCCCCACACAC